AUGACCUGGAAGCAGACAAGCUUAUCAAAUCAACUGAGGAUUGAGUUGAGUGAUGACCACGAGCAUUACAUAUACGUUCAACGUGCUCGUGUUUAUUGUCUGCUGUUACUUUGUGGUCUGAUGAUCCCGAACACCUCCGGUAAUAAAAUUCCAUUCUUCUACCUCCAAUUUUUCAUGGAUGUAGAACGAUGUGCUACCUAUAGCUGGGGUGGUGCGACUCUUGCAUGCUUGUACCACAAUCUAUGUGAAGCUGCACUUGCUAAGAGGACUGAUGUAGGGGGAGCUCUUACUUUGUUACAGCUGUGGGCUUGGAAGAGAAUCCCAAAUAUUAGACCGAAGAUGUUAAAUCCUGUGCCUAUAGACUACGUACCAUGUGCAGUCGCGCAAUUUAUUUGGAGGUCGUAUGCCAUGCGAAACCUGCCGGAUGUUUGUGUUGAUGGCCGUCCUAUAUGGACGUCGAUCACAACACUUAUUUGCUGGAAUAUGGUUGAGCCACACUUGCCACAACGAGUGUUGCGACAAUUUGGGAUUGUCCAACUGUAUAUCCCGCUUGUCAACCGGUUCCACGGAACUGAUUUUGCAAAACAGAAUCGACGUGGCAAAUCUGGCCGGAACUGGGUUGAGUGGCACGCCAAUCAUAUACAGGAUUGGGAUAAUAGGCACAACAUGGUGUGGACUGAUCUAGAGUACUCAAUGGAGCCUAUUGCAACUGAUGAGUAUAUGGAUUGGUGUCGCUGGAUAACUGUGGUGUACCUAACAAAACCCGACGUGCAUGCUGAGGAGGGUUUCCAUGAAACGGCAUCCUCUCAUAACUACGCGGUGGAGACGCUUCACAAAAUACGCCACUUUCUUAGUGAGCAAGACAUGACAGGACGACCGGAUUUGUUCACCAUUUCGAGGAUGGUUGAAGAUGGCCUGCAGAUAUCUGGGGAAGCUGAGACGAUGGACUACCGUCCUUCCUAG